UCAUUACUGGCAGUUAAGAGAUCACAAUCUUAUCAAACCUUGUGGGCCUUAUACAUGUCAUUAUUGUCGAAAAAAUUUCUUGAGUUGCCAUUCCCUGCAAUCCCAUCUCCUGUCAUUCCAUCUGUGCUUGUUUAGUGAUGCGCAGGUGCCAAUUAAAAGAGAAACAAUGGGUUUUGAUAAGAUGCUAGACCCUGAAAAAAAUCAUUCAGAUUAUUCGACCGAAUUAGAUACUGGGAAAGAUAUCGCUUCAAAUAAUAUGCUUAUAACAGAUAGGUUCAAUGAUAAUUUGUCAGAAAACAGCCUUGAAUUAAUGACAAAAAGCCCGAAAAAUUUACCCGAUAUUUCUACGAUGGAUCAAAAAAAUUUUACUUACAGAUGCAAAGUUUGUGCGGAUAAGUUUCAAGAUGAGGUGUCCUUAGAUGUUCACACGAAAUCCCACCCGCUAAAAUUAUACGCUUGCAAUAUAUGCCUUAAAAACUUUUCCUCUAUUUGGCAACUGAAAUCGCAUAACAACGAUGCCCAUGUUUUCAGGACGGCCUAUACGUGUGCAUUAUGUGGAUGCAAAUAUAAAACAUCUCUUUUCUUAAAACAACACAUAAAAUCGGAUCAUCCUAGGUAUCGUUCAUUAAUCACAGUGAGAUCUUCCAAUAUACAUCCCACUAUUGCUUCCCCAAGUAUAAGAGAAAAAGAAUCUAAGGACAAUUUAUCAGAGUCUAGCAACCUUGAACAUCAUUUUUACGGUUCUCCAAAAUCAGUAGCAAGCAUUUCCUUUGAACUGUUAAAAGGAGCGCGCGUAGUAAAACAAUGCGUCACUUCAUCGAAUCUUCAAUCAGAGCCUUGCUUGUCUAACUCCUCAAUAUAUCCUUCGUUUCGUUCAAGAUUAAAUCUAGCACCUUCAAGACUAUCUUUGCAUAAAUGUAAAAGCAUCUUUAAGAAUUCCGACAGGAGGACCAUAGACUUUUUGAAUCACAUUCCACAAGUCAAUAAUUAUUUUCCGUCAUUUGAAGAUAGCCAUCUUGUCAAGAAAAAAUGGUCGUCACCGCAAGAUUUAUAUGGUUGUAACAAUUUUAUGAUGAAUAUAGCUCGCAGGAGUAAUGGGUAUAUUAAUGGAUGUCUCCACGGAGAUGAAUUACAUUGCGAUUCCGAAAUUAUUAGUGAUGACCAGGGAGGCGCAACCGACGUUUUAAACAACUUGUUUAUGAAUAAUUACUAUAUAGAUUUUUUGCCAGAAGCUUCCCUAUUAAAACAUAAUAUUAUGGCUCGUCAUGAGAGGAUCAGAAUGACCAAUGAACCAUGUCAUGGUAGGUCAUUUAAACUUAGCAAAGAUGCCGCAUUGAGAAACAAGAGUAACUUGAAAUCUCUGACUUCUGACGAUUACACUAAUAGCGAAAUAAUUUCAAGAGCCUGGGCCAGAGUUAAAAAUGAAAUAUCUACCGAGUCUUUGUGUUACGGUAUAAGUUUUGGAAAUAAUCACCAAAGACUGGGUCUAAAUAGUCAAAAGGAUGCUAAACUUAUGGCUGGUCAUAUUCCUUUUACAAGUGAGAGUCUAAUGGAAAUUAAAUGGGCACAUCCAACUUCUAUAUGUAAUUCAGCGGUAUUUAACAUAAACGGCGUUCAGGACGUGAUUGAUGCUAACAUUGUUAACCGAUCCAAAAACAUUUUUGAACCACUUAGCCCGAAGAAUUAUGAUGACAGCGCCAUAAAGGUAAACUUAAUGAAUGAGGACAGGUUUUUUAAAAAUCAGAUCCAUUAUCAGAAUGAAAUCUUAAAAAAUAUAUCCACUCCAAUCAGCGUUAGAGGCACACUCAAUAAUCGCGCAAAUGGGAAAAUCAUCUCAAAGCCAAAAGCUACCUUCCUCAAUUCAGAUACCAAAUAUAAUACCUCUUUCCCGCCCAGUAUAUGCCCGGAAUGCGGAGCUAAGCUGAAGAACAAAUCUAGUCUCAAAUUCCAUUUGCAAAGGCAGCAUCCAAAAGGAGAGCUUUUCAACUGCCCCAUGUGCCCUAAAUCAUUUGGCAAACAAUGGAUGCUGAGGAAUCACCUGAUGACGCAUAAGGAUAAAUAUCCGUGUUCCUAUUGCGGCAAAAACUUGAAAAAUAAAUUCGAUCUUCAACAACACAUCGCUUUAUUCCACGAGAAAAAAUUAUGAUUAUAUUAUGUUUAUUAUAAAUAUAUAAUAUAUAUUGUCCAAUAUAUUAAAUACAG